AAGCGGUUUUGCAAGGCCUGCUUCCUUCAGCACAGCCUGCAGUUCCCGCCGCAGAUGAGACAGGCCUUCGGCAAAUAGGCGUCUUCGGCAGGCGAAGAAAAACUUGGGCCGUCAGCGCGUGUUUGUGUGUUCGCAGCAUAUCUGUAUGCAGUUCAUGACCAGCCAUGACUGAAGAAGCGCCGAGACACCGCCGGGUGGCCGUGGUAGUCCUCGGCGACUUUGGACACAGCCCGCGCAUGAACUACCAUGCCUUGUCUCUCGCCAAAGAACGGAUCGAGGUCGACGUGGUGGCCUACAGUGGUUCCAAGCCAGGCCCCGAUGUCCUGUCCAACCCACACAUCCACCUUCAUCUUAUGAGGGAGCCACCUAGUUUUCAGAAAUAUGUUCCAAGGCUGCUAGCAUACGUUCUAAAGGUGCUAUGGCAAUCCUUAGCCUUGUUCUUCAGCCUGAUGUUCCUGCACAAGCCGGGCCAUGUUCUUGUUCAGAAUCCCCCGUCGAUACCAACUCUACCGGUGUUGUGGUUCUGCUGCCUGCUACGAGGCUCGGUGCUCGUAGUUGACUGGCACAACUACGGCUACUCCAUACUGGCACUGGCGUUGGGGCCUGGACACCUGCUGGUUCGCAUCUGCCACUGGUGCGAGAAAACGUUUGGCAAGAAGGCGAAGAGCGCGUUCUGUGUGUCUCAAGCGAUGCAGCAGGACCUGGAAUCCAACUGGGGAGUGCAAGCCGAUGUCCUCUACGACAAGCCCUCGUCCACAUUCCAACCGACAGGCAUAGAGGAACGGCACGCCCUGUUCCAGCGUCUGGCCACCGAGUAUCCGGAGCUGGCUCGUACCAGCGAUGCACCAGACGAGGCUGAUGGAGGAAACAUCUUCACCCAAGCCACGCCUGACUCCAGUACAGCAACCCUGAGGCCCGAUCGACCAGCUCUCAUCGUCAGCAGUACCAGCUGGACAGAGGACGAAGAUUUUUCGGUGCUCCUAGAUGCCUUGAAAGAGUACAGCACUCGCAAGGAGCAGGGUGACAGUGGCCUCCCAGACUUGUUCUGCGUCAUCACCGGCAAGGGUCCGCAGAAGGAGCACUACCUGUCCCUGAUUCGCACCAACCCACUGGCGCACGUGAAGUUCUUGGCGCCCUGGCUGUCGGCCCAGGACUAUCCCAAGAUGCUGGGCUCUGCGGACCUUGGCGUCUGCCUUCACACCUCCUCGAGCAAGCUGGACCUGCCGAUGAAAGUCGUUGACAUGUUCGGUUGCGGUCUACCCGUCUGCGCUAUCGACUACCCAUGCCUGAGGGAGCUAGUCAAGCCGGGAGAGACGGGCCUGGUGUUUGAGACCAGCAGUGAGCUGUGUCAGCAGAUAUGUGACCUGCUUCAAGGAUUUCCGAAGCCAACAGAGCUUCUCGACUCCCUCAGGGCCAACGUCCACAAGUGGCAAGCAGUGCGCUGGGAUGACAACUGGAGAGCGGUUGCACUGUCCAAGUUUCGCAGUUCCUAGCUCUUGCCAAAUCUGUGCACUUUGUGUCUCGAGGCAGGUCUCGAGACCAAUCAGCAGCUUGCCAUCCAGCGGAGGCGUGGUGUGUGCUUAAUUUGGCACCUCUGCUCAGUGUCGCUGUGGACCGGUGAUCUUACUGUACAGGAAGCAGCAGGCCUGUAUUCAAUGCAUUGAAUCUUUCGUGGAGUCCUUCUAUUUUCGAAAUGUGGGCAUUUCAGUUAUGGAAUUCGGGCUCGUUUGCUUCGCGCCGGGUGAUCUUCUGAUCUUCGGCUUCUUUUGUUUGAAACAGCAUUUUUGUUGGGACCAAGAGUGCCUUUAUUGUUAAUCACAAAGGAUUGUGACCAAACUGAAUAAACCCUUCUUCAUUUUAUUACAUGCA